UCGAGUUCCAGCCCCGAAUGAAUCAGCCCAGCUCCAACCCAAGUCCAGCAGAAGUCGGACCCCGCCCCCGGAACCGCAGCUGCCACCGGCCUUAAAAGGGCGAUGCCACGCUGGCGCUAACGACGCAAUUAAAAGGGCAACUCCAUUGGCCAACCGUUUGACAACAAACUAACCUGAGGCAGGCAGCGAAGCCUACCCUUUCUCACAGGCAUCGAACACUAGGAACCCAACUCGAUAGCUGUGUUUGGAUGCUUAAAGAAGAUAAUUUGCAGACGGCUUUUGGAAUCAAUUAGCAUGGAUCCCAGCAGUGACUACCAUUUCCUCAACCAGAUCUUGUGGAGAAGGGUGAAACUCACGUUGGUCUGUGGCGUCUUCGAGGGUGUGCUUCAGCAUGUUGACCCUAACAAGAUUGUUGUCCUGAAGAAAGUGAAGAAUGUGGAGACAGGUCGGAGCAUCCCAGGAGUGAAGAUGUUUUUUGGGCAUGAGAUUGUGAAUGUGGAACUACUAGAUGAAGUGGAACAAGGCUCAGUGAGAGAAAACACAUCGUCUGUUAGUCUAAAUGCAGAAAGAACUGGGAUGGAGAAAAUGAAAGUUGAAGUCCUAAAUGUAUGUGAGUCUGUUUCUCCGGCCCCUGAAGCACCAACUACCUCGCUGCUGAAUGACCUCAAGUACAGCCCAUCAGGUGAGUAUGGCGGCUCUGAAUUUUCUAGGCUCUCCUUUUUUUUGAACCAAGUCGGUCAAAUUCAACUAGACUCUCUUCACUGUUUAGGCAUACAGAUGCUAAAUAAGAUGCUCCACAUCAAGAAGCAGAGUGUCCUGAGCGUGGCAGCAGAAGGAGUGAAUGUGUGUCGCCAUGGGAAACUGUGCUGGCUGCAGGUGGCCACAAAUUGCCGAGUUUAUUUAUUUGACAUUUUCCUUCUGGGAAGUCGAGCUUUCAACAAUGGACUUCAGAUGAUAUUAGAAGACAAGAGAAUUUUGAAGGUUAUCCAUGAUUGUCGUUGGCUUUCUGAUUGCCUCUCUCAUCAGUAUGGAAUUUUGCUGAAUAAUGUCUUUGACACACAGGUAGCAGAUGUCCUUCAGUUUUCCAUGGAAACGGGUGGCUAUCUUCCAAACUGCAUCACUACUUUGCAGGAGAGUUUAAUCAAACACCUUAAAGUAGCCCCUAAAUAUCUCUCCUUUCUAGAAGAGAGACAAAAACUGAUUCAGGAAAAUCCAGAAGUAUGGUUCAUCCGACCUGUUUCACCCUCUUUACUGAAAAUUUUGGCCCUAGAAGCAACCUACCUAUUACCCCUUCGCUGGGCACUCCUAGAUGAGAUGAUGUCUGACCUAACCACUCUGGUGGAUGGAUACCUAAACACAUACCGUGGAGGGUCUGCAGACCGUCUUGGAGGCACCGAGCCUACAUGUAUGGAGCUGCCAGACGAACUGCUUCAACUCAAGGACUUCCAGAAGCAGCGCAGAGAGAAAGCUGCAAGAGAAUAUAGGGUGAAUGCACAGGGACUCCUUAUAAGGACAGUGCUACAGCCAAAGAAAUUAGUGACAGAGGCAGCAAGGAAACAGAAUGUCAAAGGUUUCUUAUUUGGCAAAAAUUCUAGGAUAGAUAAAACUCCAAGUUUUACAUCUCAAGACUUUCACGGGGAUGUGAAUUUACUGAAAGAAGAAUCUAUGAAUAAACAAGCUACAAAACCUCAACAUCUACCUCCCAUAGAAGAAGGGGAAACCAGUGAGGAUUCCAGUAACAAACUCAUUUGCCCUGAGUCAAAGGGGUCAGAGGACCAGAGAAUAACUCAGAAAGAACACUUUAUGACAACCAAACAUGAGUUGCAGGCAAAUUUAUCUUUGAAAGAAAAGAUAGAACAGUUAUUGAUGGUGGAAAACAAGGAAGAUUUAAAAUGCACAAAACAGGCUGUUUCAGUGUCUCCUUCUCUUCCUCAGGACACCAGAGUGUCUCCAAAUGAAACCUUUUAUCCUACAAGAAAUGCUGUGCUUUCCGCACUCCCUCCCUGUCCAGCCUUGGAGAAGACCCAUUCCUGGAUAAAUGCCUCUCUAAAUCUUCCUUAGAGAUGUGCAGUUUGUUCUUGAGGCCAUGCGGGUGGCUUAUUUCCUUUGCCAUCAGGGCCUUCCACAGUGCCUAAGUUUCUCAUGUUGUACAUUUAGUAAUGCUUCAGUUACAGGGGAAAAUUAUAUUCUCUUGCUUACUCUGGUGUUCAUGGUAUGUGGAGAACAAGAAUGAAUAAGUUAAAUAAUGGAAGAAGUAUAAUUUCUGAUUAUGUCAUUGUGUGGAAAUGUUCGCAGUGAUCAGACUGUGUUAUUUCUCAUAAAAGGGUUUAGAGGAUACCCUCAUAGGAUAGGUUUAGAGGAUUUGAAGAAAGGAAAAGGGUUUAGAGGAUUUGAAGAAAGGAAAAAUAUUGGAAUCGUGGGCUUAGUUUCAGGAAGACACCAUCAUUUUAAAAUUUUGUUUUACUUCUUGGCUUUUGGAUUCCUUCAAAGGGAGCUGGUAAAACUAUUAAUGAUUCAUUUUAAAAAUUGGUAUCUGAUAACUUUACCAGUACUUU